ACUCCAGAUAUACGAUAAGAUUACAUCUGUUUUUAACCAGGUGCAGGAAAAAGAUAAGUAUCAUUCGUUUUUGAACUUCCAACCGAAUCAGGUUUCAAGAUGCCAGCUUACAGAUGGGUUCACCGAAAUGCACGACAAGGGGUACCGGAUACCGCGGUCAGUGCAGGUCACGACAGUGAUGGUACCACCAUUUACGUCGGCAGGGCCUACCACGAGGGUGAUAUGCUUCCGGCCAAAGUGAUACCUGAGAAAAAUAUCGCUUACGUGUGUUACGAGGGCAAGGAAUAUGGCAAACAUGAUUUCGAAGUUUUGUGCAGAUCUGAAUUUUCAUGGGAGGUCUGCAGCAACGGAAGCGUUCCAAGUAACGCGGUAGUCGCAGGACAGACUUCUGGUGGAGAACCUCUGUAUGUCGGUCGUGUUUUCCAUGAUGGAUCCCAAACAGUUGGCAAGGUCCAUCCAACUCACGGAUGCUUGUACAUCCCCUACGCAGGAACAGAAUUAUCCUUCCAGGAAUACGAGGUCCUUGUAAAUAAUUAAAAUAAUUCAUUAUAAUAAUUAUGAUUUAUAUUAUAAAGCGCUUCCGACACGUGACUCACAUUUUCAUUUCGAAAUUGUACCCUUAAAAUCUCGUCGAAACAAAAAAUAAAGUAUUCCAUUUUUUCCUGAAAA